AUGGCUUUCGAGGCCGAAUUCCUCGAUCUCAUGGCAUCAGCAGGGAUCCAAACUGUCGACGCAGACGUGCGCACAGAAAAAAAGGAGUUCGACGAGGAUUUCCUCCAAAUCGUCGACUCCCUGGGCAUCCAGAGAGACGCAACCCUGAGCAUCCCGAGGAGGCUGCUGGAGACAGAAGUGAACGCGUUGGCACGCUUCUGCGUGGACUUCCACAUAAGACUUGUGUCUGGCGAGCAACUCCGCGGCUGCCUGGGCGUGGCGCCAAGGCAGCUGGGCAAGGGCGGCUUCGGCACCACCUUCCUAAACCUUGAGAAGGAGCUGGUGGUGAAACAGGCCCAGAACCUGGAGGCUUUCCGCAGCUUCAUCGUGGAAGCGAAGGCGAUGACGCUAAUGGCCGAACACGACGGGUUCCAGCGCCUCGUGGGCGUGUGUCCGGAGAGGAUGUGCAUGGUCACCAGGUACGCCGGCCACACCCUCGACGCCCACGUGCUCGGCCGCCUGCACACGGAGCAAAGGAUGUCUGUUGUGAGGCAGGUGUGCAACAUCGUGCAAAGCAUGCACAAGCACGGCCUCGCCCACAACGACAUCAAGCCAGCCAACGUGUGCGUGCGGAUGGGCGCGGGGGGAGCCCGGGUCACCGUCAUUGACUUCGGUCUGACCAUGGUGGCCGGGACGCUGCCGAGGCUGCAGAUCCAGUGGAACCCACGCCUGCCCUACGCCCCCGAGAUCUGCGGGAGCGAGAGGAAGGGCCCGUGCGGCUGCCUCUCCGACGUGUACGCCGUGGGCAAGCUGCUGCAGUUCGUCUUCAGCGGGAAUCAGCAGAUGCCGCAGCUGCUGAGGCGCUGGUUCUCCAAGAGCCAGGAGAUGAGCCCGAGGGAGCGCCAGGGCCUGGGCUCGCUGCUGGAGGCCCUUGAGCAGGAGAAAAUCCGCCUGCUCCGCCGCUGCUACUGA